GUCCCGGGCCCGGCGCCAGCGCAUGCGCCCGCCUGUGGGCGCUGUCCCGGCUACCGGGGACAGACGAGCGGACGCGCGGACUGGCGGCCGGCCGGACAGACGGGGCAGCGCAGGCGGCUGGGACGCGGCGGGACAGCGACAUGGCCGGCCACACGCAGCAGCAGAGCGGGCGCGGGAACCCCGGCCCUGGGCCCUCGCCCUCCCCCGGCCCGGGCCCGGGCCCCGGCGCCUCGGAGCGGGUGACGCUCAAGAAGGAGAUCGGGCUGGUGAGCGCCUGCACCAUCAUCAUCGGGAACAUCAUCGGCUCGGGCAUCUUCAUCUCACCCAAGGGCGUCCUGGAGCACUCGGGCUCCGUGGGUCUGGCCCUGUUCGUCUGGGUUCUGGGCGGGGGUGUGACCGCUCUGGGGUCCCUCUGCUAUGCGGAGCUGGGAGUCGCCAUCCCCAAGUCCGGCGGGGACUACGCCUACGUCACGGAGAUCUUCGGGGGCCUGGCUGGCUUCCUGCUGCUCUGGAGCGCCGUCCUCAUCAUGUACCCCACCAGCCUGGCUGUCAUCUCUAUGACCUUCUCCAACUACGUGCUGCAGCCUGUGUUCCCCAACUGCGUCCCCCCCGCCGCCGCCUCUCGAGUGCUGUCCAUGGCCUGCCUGAUGCUCCUGACGUGGGUGAACAGCUCCAGCGUGCGCUGGGCCACACGCAUCCAGGACGUCUUCACGGGCGGGAAGCUGCUGGCCCUGUCCCUCAUCAUCGGCGUGGGCUUCAUCCAGAUCUUCCAAGGCCACGUCGAGGAGCUGCGGCCCAGCAGUGCCUUCGCCUUCUGGACGACGCCCUCCGUGGGUCACCUGGCCCUGGCCUUCCUCCAGGGCUCAUUCGCCUUCAGCGGCUGGAACUUCCUCAACUACGUCACCGAGGAGCUGGUUGACCCCCGAAAGAACCUACCUCGAGCCAUUUUCAUUUCCAUCCCGCUGGUGACCUUCGUGUACACAUUCACCAACAUCGCCUACUUCACGGCCAUGUCCCCCCAGGAACUGCUGUCCUCCAACGCAGUGGCCGUGACCUUCGGGGAGAAGCUGCUGGGCUACUUUGCGUGGGUCAUGCCCGUCUCCGUGGCCCUGUCCACGUUCGGAGGGAUCAACGGCUACCUGUUCACCUCCUCCAGGCUGUGCUUCUCUGGAGCCCGGGAAGGCCACCUGCCCAGCCUGCUGGCCAUGAUCCACGUCAGACGCUGCACCCCUAUCCCCGCCCUCCUCGUCUGUUGCGGGGCCACGGCAGUCAUCAUGCUUGUGGGCGACACAUACACCCUCAUCAACUACGUGUCCUUCAUCAACUACCUCUGCUACGGCGUCACCGUCCUGGGCCUGCUGCUGCUGCGCUGGAGGCGGCCGGCGCUCCACAGGCCCAUCAAGGUGAACCUUCUCGUCCCCAUCGCGUACUUGGUCUUCUGGGCGUUCUUGCUGGUCUUCAGCUUCAUCUCAGAGCCCAUGGUCUGUGGGGUCGGCAUCAUCAUCAUCCUCACAGGGGUGCCCAUUUUCUUCCUGGGGGUGUUCUGGAGGAGCAAACCAAAGUGUGUGCGCAGACUCACAGAGUCCAUGACACGCUGGGGCCAGGAGCUGUGUUUCGUGGUCUACCCCCAAGACUCCCCCGAGGAGGAGGAAAGUGGGCCCUGCCAGCCCUCCCCGCUGCCCGCCACGGACAAGCCCUUGAAGGCACAAUGAGGCGUUCCUGGAGACGGAAGCAGCUGUUUCUGUUUACAUGUUGUUUAUUGAGGAGGUGUUUUUGCAAAAAAAGUUUUUUUUUCUGGAAAAAAAAAAAAAGAUCUGACUCGUAGAUGCCUGUUGUAAGGAAGCCUGAAGAUGUGGGCUGGGCCUCCUGCCCUAGCGCUGCCCGGCUAGCUGACCUGAAAGGGCCACGAAUAAACGGGGCUGGUUGU